CACCGAAACCGUUUCCGGGGACGCUCCCUUCCCCCCAACCAAACAAUGUUUUAAUGGUGGCAUAUCCGACCUAAUCAUUUUCUCUCUCUUGUCCCGUAGAAUGGUGGCUUCUUUCUAUAGUUGUUUCAAAAUCUGACCGUGAUGAUGUUGAGAGAAAGAUACACAUGAAGGAAGCAACUCAGCAAUCUCCCCCCCCCCCCCCCCACCCACACGACGACGACGACAAAUGGUGCUGGAUAUAUAUUGGGUUAUUGAAGUUGGACACUCUUAAGUUUUAUAAUUUUGUUAAAACCUGAACCCAGGUUUUCUUAGUUUCCCGCAGUUAAUUGUCUGGCCGUGUUCCUUGUUUGCGACAUGUAUUCAAUCGCCACUUUCUCUCUCUUCAAAGCAGAACUUCUUGAUUCUGAAUCCCUCUUCCAUGCCAAUUGUCUCCGAAAUUCAUUCGGACAGCGAUCGAUUCAUAGCCCCACCAAACCCGCGCUAAUUUCAAUUCAACCUCUCGUAUUUCGCAACUCCUUCAAACCCUCUCCUCUUUGCGCAGAGUUGGAUUGUUCCUACAAUCCCCGUGCACCCUCUUCAACCUGCUCCACUACUACUUCUCUCUCGAUUCAAACAAGCUUAUUCAAGCUUUUGUCGGAGAAGAUAAUGUUUUGUCUUUUAGGGUCGUUUAUCUUGAUCGGAUGCUUUGACAGAAGAGUAGCUUUAGCUCUACCCUCUGUCACUUCAGACUCAACUUUGGAGGAGAGUACUGACGCCUUGAAAGAGAAAAGUGAGGACGAGGAAAUGUACGAGAAGAUUCUGGAGAAGGACCCGCGAAACGUUGAGGCUCUGAAGGUGACUUUGUUUAAGAAAAUAAGGAUGAGGAAGUCGAAGGAGGCUGUGAAGUACGUGGAGAGUUUGAUUGAUGCGGAGCCAAACGAGGUUGAAUGGCGGCUUUUGCUGGCACUGUGUUAUGAGACAAUGGGGCACUUAAGUACAGCUAAAAGAUUGUUCAGGGAAAUCUUGGAGCAAAGGCCUCUCUUGAUCAGAGCUCUGCAUGGUCUGGCUAUUGUGAUGCACAAAAAACAUGAAGGUCCAGCUGUCUUUGAAAUGCUGAAUGAGGCUUUAGAAUUAGCAUACAGAGAAAAAAGAGUUACAGAAGAGAGAAAUAUAAGAAUCUUAAUAGCACAAAUGCAUGUUGCAAAGGGGGAUUUGGAGGAGGGGCUAAAAAGGUUUCAAGAAUUGGUUGAUGAAGAUCCUCGGGAUUUCAGGCCUUAUCUUUGCCAGGGCAUUAUAUACAGUCUCCUGGAUAAAAAGGAGGAAGCUGCACGACAGUUCGAGAUAUAUCGAGCCAUAGUGCCUGAGGAGUUUCCACAGAGAGGAUUUCUCGAUGAUGUCGUCUUAACAGCAAAAGGAACAUCUAGAGAACAGUUUCAGAGGGAAUUUGAAGCUCAAUAUUCUCACAGGAAGUAGAUAGAGAUCAACAUCAUGCUGUUCUUUUUCUUGAAAUCAUGAGUUCACUCAGUUGAAUUUUGGUGGUUUGAAUGCAAUGUGGCUGAAGCUUUAAAGAUCAGUCACUUUUAUGAUGUAGAUCACUGUUCAGUGCCACACUUUGAUCUCUGAAGUAUUUUAGAGGGCUGAGAUUAUGAGGGAGGGAGGGAGGGGGGAGAGAGAGAGGUGAGUUUCAUGAGCUUUGAAUUUUGGUAUGGUUCAAGUUUCGUGAGUCGAUUCAUACAGCUUUGUAAGUUCCUCCUAGGCUCCAUCUCUUCGUCUCUAAACUAAACAACCCUGAAUUGUAAAAUACCUGCAGACAAUUCAUGUGACAUGUUAUUUACCUUUUUCUGUAAUCCUAACUGUUAUUUUAUCAAAAUCCAGUGGCUGCGUUUUUACAAGAAUAGGGACUAGGUAUUGUUUCAGUCCGAUUAUUGAAAAUAAUACUGAGAUAAAUUAAUACUUCUGUGGAAUUUUCGUUUUA